AUGAAUUUUUUGAAGUUCUUAUAUAGAGAACCUAAUAAACAUGAGGUGAAUUAAAAAUUGAUAAAACAUAUUACUUAUUCAAAUGAUGAUGAAUAUUAGGGAGAAGUGUUAAAUGAUAAACGGCAUGGAUAAGGUACAUAUAAAUUUAUCUCUGGAAAUCGUUAUGAAGGAGAAUGGAAAAACCAUCAAAAACAUGGGAAAGGGAAGUUAUAUUAUAAAAAUGGUGAAUUAUAUAUAGGUGAUUGGAUAGAGAAUAAAAAAUGUGGAGAAGGAAUGCAUUUUUAUAUUAAUGGAGAUAGAUAUGUAGGAGUAUGGAAAGAUGAUUAAAGAGAUGGAAUGGGUUUAAUCUAUUAAUCAGAUAAAAAUAUUUUCUAUGGUAUUUAUUAAACAUUAAUGUAGGAUAAUUCAGAUCAAAUAAAAAAUUUGGAAUUGGAUAUUUUUUUAAUACUAGAGAAAGAAAAUAUUAUAAAUAAUAAUAUGAACAAGAUAAUCUUAUAGAAAAUAUAUAAAUAGAUGAACCACCUUAAUUUGUAUUAGAAAAGUUUCAUAUAAAACCUGAAAAAAAUAAUAUUGAAAAAGAUAAAAUUGAAAAUUGUGUGAUUUAAAUUAAUACUACUCUAAUGAUUUAAGAAGAUAAUGAAAAAUAGAAAGAUCAAUUGCCAAAUGAAUAAGAAGAAAAAGAUUUAUUAUAAAAAGAAGAUUGUAAAUCAUUAUAACAAAUUAAUUCAUUAUAACAUGGUUUUUUAAGUUUGUAAGUUUUAGAAAAAAUAGAUGAAUUUGAAAAUUAAAAGAAUAGUAAUUUUAUAAUUUAAAUUUAAGUGUAGGAAUGGUAAUUAGAAGAAGUAUGUGCAUGGCUUGAUUCACUGGAUUUAGCAGAAUAUAAAGAAGAAUUUACUAAAAAUUAAAUGACUGGAAAAACAUUGUAUGGAUUGACAGAUAAUGAACUCAAAUUAGAUUUAAAAAUUGUUGUAUUAGGUCAUAGAAAAAAAAUAUUACAAUCUAUCGAAGAGUAUAAAAAAUACUAUAUGAAAUUUAUGGAAGGUAAAAUUAGAUUGAGGAAACCUUUAGAAUCCUUAGAAGAUAGAAAAGGUUUAUACACUUCUAUUGAAUAAUAAAGAUUUAAAAGUAUUUUCUCUUAUAUGGAAAAAAUUGAAGAAGAAUAAAAUGAAUAUCCUGAUAAUAAUAAAAAUGAAUCAAGCAAUGAUUCUUAUAACAGUUAUAGAAAAAAAAGAAAUACAAAAGAAAGUCAAAAAUCACCAACUAGAUCUGACUCAGAUCAUUCUGAUUAAAGCAAUCUUAGUGAUAAUAAGUCCUUAAAAUUAAAAAGAUAGAAAAGCAAAAAAAAUAAAAAACAACUAAGAAAAAUUACUAUGGACUUGCAAAAAUCUGGAGAUUCUGCUGAUGAUGAAGAAGGAAAAUAAUAAAUUAAUUCUCCAAUUUGUAAUUAAAUAUCUCUAUUAAUUAGAAUCCCCAAAUAAAACAAUUGAUAAAAUAAAUGAAUAGAAAAUAGAUACAGUUGCAUUAAAUGAUGGUAUAAAUUUUUUAGAAGAAAAUAAGGAUAAAGAUUUUAAUAUAACUUAAGAAUUAUCAAGAUAAUAAUCAAUAAAUAAACAAGAAAUUUCUGAAUUUAUCUCUUCAAAAAGUCCUCCAUAAAUUAAUAUAUUAAAUGAAGAUAUUAAUUAAGUUUAAUUAGAAAAAUUACAAUCGAUUACAUAAUAAUUAUGUCGUCAAAAAUCAGAACCUAAUAAUAAUAAAUUUUAAGAUUAAGAUUCAUCAAGUUAAGAAUCUGAUGUUUCUGGAAAUGAUUCAAGUUCAGAUUCAUCUGAUGAUGAGAAAAUGAAAAAGAAAUAAAAAAGACAAAAAGAAUUACGAAAAGAAAAAGAAAAAGAUGAUGGAUAAUAACAUCAUUUGCCAAAAAAACUAUUAUUUAUGCUUAAAGAGUUUGGUAUAAAUGAAAGAGUACUUAUAGUAUUCCAUGAAUUAAUAAUAGGAUAAAUAAUAGGAGAAGGAGGAUAUGGAGUAGUACAUAAAGGUAAAUGGUUAGGUUAAGAUGUUGCUAUUAAAUCAUAUGGUAAAAGAAAAUCAUAAGGAAAUUUGAAAUAUAGAUUAUAAAUGGCAGAUUUUUUAAAAGAAGUAGAAGUUAUUUCAAAUCUUCGACAUCCAAAUAUUGUCUUAUAUAUGGGAGUUUGUAUAAGGAAGCAGAAUUAUUAUUUAAUUACUGAAUAUUUAGAAGAAGGGAGUCUGUUUGAUCAUUUACAUAAAAAGAAAACACACAUUGAUUAAAAAGCUCUAAUGUAAAUAGUAGAAGAUAUUGCAUUAGGCAUGAAUUAUCUCCAUGGUAGAAAAGUAAUGCAUUGUGAUUUAAAAUCAUCUAAUGUUUUAAUAGAUUAAAAUUGGAAUGUUAAAUUAUGUGAUUUUGGUUUAUCUCGAAUUAAUAAGAAAAUAGAUCAUAAAAUUAAUAAAGGAGCACGGAUAGGUACACCACAUUGGAUGGCUCCAGAAAUUAUGAGAGGAGAAACAUAUUAAGAAAAAGCAGAUGUUUAUAGUUUUGGUAUGAUCUUAUGGGAAAUUAUAACAUAAUAAAUUCCAUAUGAGGGAUUAUCUUAAACUUAGAUAAUUGGAUCUGUUGGUUAUGGAGAAGAUUAAGUAUCAAUACCUUCUCAUAGCAACCCUCCUAUCUUACUUUAAUUAGCUAAGAAAUGCUUAAAGAAGAAUCCAAUUGAAAGACCUACUUUUGCUGAUAUUGUAAAUGAAAUUCAAUUAGGGCAAAAAACAGAUGCUAAAUUGAAAAGUAUUAUAAUAUAUCUAUUAUACUUUAGAAUAAGCAAUACGGCAGCUGAUUGACUUUUUUGAAUGA